AUGGACGUGUUUUCAAGACAUGGGAACCGUCGCCGACCUCGAGAGGACGAGAUGGAGGAAAAUGAUUACACUUUUGACCGACAGCGAGACCGCAAGGAGAGGCGCCGUAAUGAGCGCCGUGCAAAGAAGGAGAUGCGCAUUGAGGCGCACGAACGUUGGGUGGAGCAGUGUCGAUUGGCCAGGGAACAGAAGAAAAAACGCAGCGUGCGCGUAAAAAAUGGUAGCGAAAAUCAAGCGGCUACCAGAAACUUUUCAAAUCGGCCUCUAAGAGAGAGGAAAGUCAACCGUAAUGCCAAAAGGGAAACCUCUUUCAACGACGCAAAGGAGAAAUCAACUUCAUCACAAAAGUUAACCAUGGAAAGUAAACGUGAAGCAAAGCAGCGGGAUGGAAAGUCUGUAGUGGAUCUGGCGAAAGCGUGUGCCACAACACCAGAUAGCACUCAGGGGAAAUAUAUUCCUCCCUCGUUGCGGCAAAAGAUGAUAGUGCAGAAACCAACCAACGCUGUGAAUGAGGCCGCACGGCGUAUUAUUAACAAACUUACAGUGCAGAAUGUGGCUGACAUGACACGUGAAACAUCUGAGCUGUUUGGAGGUGGAGUUGAGGGGGCGACGCGAGCAUCAGUGAUAAGUAGUUUGGCAGAAAAUAUGAAUCGCAUAUGCUUACUUGACUCUGGACCUCUCACACCUCUCGCUAGUUUACCCUUCGCUGGGUUAAUUCGUGGACUGCAACUGCUGCACGGCAACAUUGUUGGUGCUGAAGUGAUCGAAUGCUUGGCUAUUGCUCUCCAACAACAGCUUAUGGACAACAAUGAGGCAGCCGCUUGUAACGGUGCCAUGCUUUUAGCACAUCUUUAUUUGCUUAACGCUGUGGAUUGCGUUUUGGCAUCCACUUUCUUACGCAGCGUAUUGCAGAUGGGGGGUGGUGGUUCCUUGUGUGCUGCUGCAGCGGGUCUGACAUUUCUCCGUGCAUGCGGCGAAAAAUUGUUGAAGGAGGCUCCAGUCGAAAUGGAGAGAGCAUUAAAUGAGGGAGCACCAAGCAGGGAAAUCUCACAAAAUGCUACUAGUCGUUAUUCAGCACUUCUUAGCCUCAUCAAGGAGAUUGUGGCGGGGCGCACGCGGAAUGCACGACGAAGCGUUGACGAAGAAAAGGUUCCUCUUGACUCUCUCCUCAGCGACAUUAGCACUUUGCUUUCCGGGGGAGGGAAGACGAGCUUAUCAUCAUCAGGUAACAAGCGCGCACUGCUUCGUGUUAUGAGCACAACAAGUGUGCUGACGGGCCUUUCAUGGGCCCGCUUGAUACAACAGGAUAAACCCCAUCGUUGGUAUGUCCCUGAAACAUGGACUGACACUGUCGGCGAUGGGGACGAAACAAACGAUGAGCAUGCUGAUGACGAUAAAGGAGGUGCAUCUUCUGCUUCUGGUGACAUCGAUGAACGCUCAGAUGGAGACGAAGGAACGGUGGAAAAAAUGGAGCAAAUUCGACUCUUGCGACAGCAGGAGAAGGCGAUUUCAGGCCAGCGUCUCAACACUGAGAACAAGCGGGAAGUGUUCAAGUGCGUAGUAAAUGCAUCUGAUGACUUGGAGGCAUUUACGUUGCUCAUGCACCGUGAUCCCUCAUUCAGUCGGUUGCACGAUACCUUCGCCGUCCUCUUACAGUGUUGCUACCAAGAAAAUCUCUACAAUCCUUACUAUACGCAGGUAGUUCAGCGUUUCUGCAGUGCCAAGCCGUCAUGCAAGAACACGCUUCAGUUUGCAAUAUGGGAUAUGUUCAAAACAAUACGAGUGGAAGCGGUCGACGUUACAGGUUAUCUCAACCUUGCGUGUUUGAUUGCACAACUCAUGCAGGAGGGUGUGUAUACUCUUGCAGUGCUGCGAGGAUUAGACCUCGAGAACACAAAUCGUACGAUUGGGCUCUUUACCCGCAUACUACUUCUCCGUCUCAUUCUUCAGCUUCCUCCUUCAAGCCUGACUGAAGUAUUUUUUGGUGGUAACGGUGUUUACGCACAUGAUGUGAAGAUUGACACCAGUACUCUGCGGGAAAACUUAAAGAAGGUUUUUGAGCGGUAUUUUGUUAAGGAAGAGGAUGCAGGUAAGUGGAUUCCACACUUCUACGAUGUGGCCGCCGUUGGGACACCUUUUGAUGUACACAAGCAGAUGGGCGCUGUUGCUGCCAAUGCUAGCGGAAUGGAGUCGGUGGAUGAGGAGGCGCAGCUCCAGUCAUUUGUGCGGAGGAUACGUGUGGUGUACAAAGCUUUGAAGGGUGGCAUUUCGUGA